AAAUCGCCAGGUGCGAGUAGGAGGGAUUUCAGUGGCCCCCAUUUGACCGUCGAUUGCCAUAUUUGGCACGGCUCGCGUCUAAAUAUGGCCGGGCCGGCCCACCGCCCCGCGCGCGUCGCUCCACUUCCGAUUCUAUUAUUUCUAUUUACGAAAUAAACUCAAAAUAAAAGCUCUAUUAAUACGGGAUUUCGGGCACUGAAACUCGCGGCGUCCCGGAGCACGCUUUUCCUACAGUUGUGUCAGAUUACGGCCCUAGUACGCCGUCUCGCUCGCGGAGAGUAUCGGCUCGUGCGUGUGAGCGGGACGGCUAGCGGUGGAGGCGCGCGGGACGCGAACGUCGCGAAGUCAGUCACGGUCCGAGCGGCCGACCCGUCAGUCCCGCCCUCGGUUCAUUCGCGUUUUCGGUCAGUCUCCGUUCGGCAUUUCGAACGGUGAGGUGUGUGAAGCGCGUGCGCGCACCGUUUACUGUGGCGUACUGUGAGGUUAUGAUGGACGCGCCCGGCGGAGCGCGGGAGCCCCGCUUCGGGUCGCCGUAUGGGAUGGGUCUCCUGGGAGACGUGGGGGACAUGUACGGCGCGGGCCGGGCGCCGGGCUCGCUCGGCGGCGGCUCGCUGCGGCCGGGGCUGCAGCCCUGCCCGGGCCCGCGCGGCCUGAAGCGGCCCUCGGACCAGUGUUACGACGAACGGCCGUCCCAGAGCCUAGGGCUCGACCACUGCCCCAUGCCGGACAUAGCAGACGAUGGCUAUGCAUCUCUUCAGCCGAAGAAAUCGCCCCCGUCUAAUGGCAAGAAGACCAAAGGCCGAGUUAAGAUCAAGAUGGAGUACAUAGACAACAAACUACGGCGGUACACCACGUUCUCGAAGCGAAAGACGGGCAUAAUGAAGAAGGCAUACGAACUGUCAACCCUGACGGGCACACAAGUGAUGCUACUAGUGGCCUCAGAAACGGGGCAUGUGUACACGUUCGCGACGCGGAAGCUGCAGCCCAUGAUCACCUCGGACUCGGGCAAGCGGCUCAUCCAGACGUGCCUCAACUCGCCCGACCCGCCCACCACCAGCGAGCAGCGCAUGGCCGCCACCGGCUUCGAGGAAACCGAGCUCACCUAUAACGUAGAUAACGAGGACAUGAAGGAGGAAGAGCCGACAGCCAAAGAAGGUUGCAAGGACGAGCCAGCGUCAUCUGGUGACAGCGGUGACGAAAGCGGCAGUGAUCCCGAGUCUCCCAGCGACAAGCUCAACCAAGCGGCUUUUAAACAGGAGUGGGUUUGCAAUAGCAGCACUGAACGGGAAGGCGGCAGCAGGGAACCACAAGCGUCCACAUCAUCGACCACUCAAGAAGCAGACAGCAGUAAAGCCAGUCAACCACCGAUGCCAAAGAUCUUGCCAAAGAUAGACUUGCCCGGAGGCGCCAUGCUGUACCCAGGGAUGUUAGGACUUGACGGGCUGGGUUCGAACCUGAGCCUGGGUAACUUGGCCAUGGGGUACCCGCACAGUUUUAUACUGGGGCUUGCUAACCAGGGACAAGAAGGUGCGUCAUCAUCAAACCAGCCUCAGUUCAUCACCAUCCCGCUGUCAAUGGCUAUGGGCAACCCGCAGGCUCCGAACGGUUGUCCGAGCGCCUCUAGCGAUGAUAGCAGCGAGCUGCAGGACCUUAGUACUGGUGGGAGGAAGUGAGGUGGCGAAUAAAAGUGUUAAAGUAUUAAUAAUGGCUCAUAAUUAUUUUCAAACUCAGUAUAUUCUCAAGAUAU